AUGGCAGGCGGGCAGAAUAGGAAUUGUGUGGACAACCUGGGCUUGGACCACCAUAGCCUUUCACCCCGGCCCAAAACAGGCCCCCGCCGCCUCCUCCCUCCGCCUCCCUCCCUCACUCGUCGGCUCGUCGCGCCUCUUUCUUCCCACAAGCGCCGCCUCCUCCCUCUCAACCCUGAUCCCUUCGCUCCCCAUGGCCGAGUGUCCGAGUCCCGACCUUGGUCCCUCGUGGGCCCCCAGCCCCCCUCUGCUUCUCCUUCCCGUGCGCCGGCGCCGCCGCCUGCCAGACGCCGCCGGCCCGCCGCCCUCCUCCCUCAUCUGGUCCUCCCUCACUGGAUCCGUGCCCAGGCGCCCACAGAUCCACACCCAGCCGCCCGGCAGCAGGCGCCCAGGCCGUGGUGGCGGCCGCUGCACCGCGCGUUGGCGCCCGGUGCGGCGCUGCCUCGGCCCUCGGUCCAAUACAAGUCACGAGAGGUCGAGCGCAAGGUAUCCUCCGUGAAGAGUCACAACCCGUCCCCGCCAGGCGGGACGCCGGAUCCCACCUCGCCGCAGUCACCCUCCACGAGCGGGACGCCGGAUCCUACCUCGCCGCCGUCAACCCUCCGCGAGCAGGACUUUGGAUUCCACACCGCCGCCGGCCUCCGCGGGUGCGACGCUGGUGCCCACCCCGCCGCCGCCGGCCUUCAUGGGUGCUACGCUGGUUCCCACCCUGCCGCUGCCGUAGAUCUCCAGCAGCUCCUCACGGGAUUCCAGAUUUGCGUGCCAUGGAGGUUUACACAUUGAAUAUGUUGGAGUCACUCUGAUUGGCGUGUGAUCCAUUCUCUGGUAUAUAUGGCUAUAUCUUGUGCGUUUGGUAUCUAAUACCCUGUUCACAUCAUGUUGCCUUUUAGGCCAGACUUGGACUAGAAUUCCUUUGGUCAUGCACCUACAUGUCAUAUCUCAUCUAUAUCCUAUACUAGUGUCAUCUAUAUUUCCUGAGGCCUUAAUACAUAAGUUCUGCACAAUUGCUAAAGUAUAUUAGUGCCAUUGUAUUUGUGAUUAGGCUAUGAUGCAGUUUUGAAGCAGCGACCUUAUUCAGCUAGAGCCAAAUCGCUAUCUGAUUGAUUACUGAAUGCUAUGUCAUGUAUAAUAACAUAUCAUUUGCUUAAUUGUGGCACUUGUUAGUAGAAUGUGGCACUGUGGUGAGCUUUCUAGUAUUCUGCUUGUCUUGUUAUUGUAUUUACUUAAUGCUUUAUAUGAGCUGAGUUUGCUAUGUCUAUUUAGUUGGUCUUGUUGUUUUGAUAGUCUAACCUGAUGGAUUAUGCAUAAUUUAAUAUGUGCCAAGAAUUUGAAGGAGUAAAGAAAUGGCACAACUGCUAAAGAUUUGGACGUGGAAGCUACAAGAGUCAAUAGAAAUUGGUGAAAUCAUUGCAAGAGACCAACAAGCUUGAUAAGGAUUCAUAUAUCUAUAGAUAUGUAUGUAUAUAUAUAUAUGUAUAUAUACAUGUAUGUAUAUAUAUAUGUAUGUAUGUGUAUAUAUAUAUAUAUGUAUAUAGGUAGUGCUAGCUGUUAGUUGGCAUUGUACAUUGAUUCAAAGUGUAUAGAGAUGCUCUGUAAAGCCUUGUUUUGAUUGGUCUCAAAUAAAAAUCAAAGUGCAUGUUAGUUUUGUA